AUGUAAUAAAUAAUCAUCAGAAAUAAAAUUGACCCAACUUUAUUUAAUCUGGUAUUUGCAAAAAUCCUUUUGUUAAUUUCUGCCUUAUAAGAAAUAUAAUUAGUCACAUCGACAGAAAUUCAAAAUAAGGCUUCUAUGUAAAUAUAAGGUUCAUUAUUGUCUUUUUUAUAAAAGUUUUCAAUAAAUCUAAUUUAAUAUAAUGGAGACGAACUAUUGUUAUUUUUAUUGCUCUCAACAGAAGUUAUAUACUGUAUAGUGGUGCUAAUUGUUUAUUUUGAUAGAAAGGAGAAAUUUAUUCUAGUAGGAUAGUUUUACAAAUAUUUUCAAAAUAUUUUUCACUUAAUAAUAUUUCUGCCCACAUUAAAUAUUUCGUUUAAUUUUGCAAUAUCUUUAAAUUAUAUCGAAUUGUCAAUAAUUGGAAUAAUAUUAGGUCUAUUUUUAGAAUUAAUCUAUUGUUUUUGUAAUAUUAAAAACAGUUUAAUUGAAAUUGAAGGUUGUUACUCAUCAAGGUUGGCUAAUUUAUUUUAUCUAUUAAUGCAGUUUAUAAUUUGUUUUGUAGUUCAAAGUAAUUAUUAAUAUUAAGUGGCUCCAACUCUAUUGUUUUUUUCAAGAAUUAUUAUGAUUAUGCAAAAGAUUAAUUGUUAUCAAUAUAAUAGUUGGUACUAUAUUCAAAUUACCAAUUUCGUCAUAUCAUAUAUAUUAGUUCUUUUAACACAACAAUAUUGGUAUGAUUUAGCAUUGAUUUAUCUUUUAUUUAUCACAAUAUAAAUUUCAAUAAGGUAAAAGAAGUUGGGAGAUGAAUUAUUUUCGAAAAACAAAGAAAUAAACUUAUUCAAAUAUAUUAUUUUUAGAAAUCCAGAGAUGAUGAACAACUUUAAAUCAUUUUCUCAUUUUUUCACAGAAACUUAAGAAUAAAAUAUCAUACAAUACCAAAAAAAUGUAUUAUAGAAUGGAGAAAUUCAUGAUAGAUUAACAGUCUUACAACAUGUUUUCAAAUAUAAGAAAAUUCAACUAUACUUAAAUUUAAUUAAUAUUGACAAAACAAAUUUGAGCUACUUACAGUAGUUAACAUUAGAAGCCAACUUAUUAAAUGUGAUUUAAUCCUGUGAGAAAUUAAUUACAUCUCCUCUCAAUGUUAAUUUAUACAUCAAAACACUAGUUUUAGAGCAAUAAAACUUUUAGCUUUUAAUAAAUUUCAUAGAUUUAAAAUGCAAAUUUUAUAUCCUAUUGACAAAAGAGUAGGCUUUGGAUUAAUAUCUUACAACAUUUAGAAUUUAACUUGAUAAGAUCUUGAAUACACUUGAGAAAUACAAGAAUAUAUUUGAAAAAUAAUAUGAUUUGCAAACAGGAAGAUUAUAGGAAUUUAAAAAUUCAGAUUAGAUUUCAAUAAAUAUAGUAUCCUCAUUUUUGUUCAUAUUUUACAGUAAUUAUUUUAAAGUUAAAGAACUUUAGAAGAAAUAAAAUGACUUGCUUGCUUAUGAUAAGAUAAUGAAUUCGAAAUUUCAGAAGAAUGAAGUAUUUUUAUUGUCCUCAAGCUUUAUAAAAGAUUAAAACAACAUAGUCAAUAAAAAUAAUAAAAGGUUACUCCAAAUGAUAGGUGAGCAAUUAGAACCAAAGCAACUCAUUGAAUUGUUACCUUAAUUUCAGAAGACAGUGUAUAAUAGUUUUAUCAGUUAAUAUUUAUAUUAAGGAUUGGUUAUUGAUUAGCCUUUGACUCUAUUCUUAUACAAAAAUGAAUACUUGAUAGAAUGCAAUUUGUACAUUCAUGUGACAAUUAGUUAAGAUGAUAUAAUCUUGUAAAAUUUAUUGGUGCUAAGAAAUUAACCUAACCAUUUUGCAAUAUUUGAUUCUGAAGGGAAAAUAUUGGGCAUAUCUUAAUAGAUUUAUGAAUUUUUAGUUUAAAAAUCUGAUAAUGCUUUUACGAAAAAGUUAGCAGUUUCAGAGUUCAUUCAAUAAGGGAUGAUUUAAUAUUAUCUUCCAGAAAUCUAUUCUCACAUAUAGGAAUUGACUACCUAAUAUUCUUCAGGAACCUCAUAAUAGGAAAUAAACAUUUCAUCAAGAUGGUAAUUUCCUGUGAAUCAUAAAAAAUGCCUUGAAUAGACUUAGGCAUUAGGACUUGUUAAUGAUGAAGGAACUGUGUCCUCAUAGUUUAAAAAAAUCUUUUAUUCUUCUUCCACAAAAAGAUUGAUUUCUUCAAAAUAACAUAAAUUAACGGAGGAAAUACCAAUUAUUAAAAAUGUGAGAAUUAAGAUUAUGUAAAAACAAAUCAUGAACUAAAUACAAGCACUAGUAGUCCCACCAUCAAGAAUGAAAAGCAUAGAUUUUGAAGGGUCUUUGGAAUUUGUAUAAUAAAAGUUUAUAGAGUCAGAGACAAAUUAUUUUGUAUUGAGAUUCAAAUAAAUAGAAGAAUUUUAACAAGAAAAAAUAGCUUAAAUUCCAUAAAUGGAGAACAUUUAAAAUUAAUCCUUAAUUAUUGAUGAUUAGCAAUUCGAAGGACUGCAAUCCGAUUACGAAUUUAUCUCAAAUUUAAUAAAAAGUAAGAAAUUAUAUACUCCCUUAAAAUACAACAUUUUUAUCCUCUCAUUAAUGAUUCUAGUAACUACAAUUGCUUUAGUUGUGAGUUAUCAGUUGAACUAUAACAAUAUGAUAAAUUAUUAAUAAGAUGUCAAUUUUUUGAAUACUCCAUAGGCUUUGACAUUCAGCAUAGGAGCUUCAUUCAUGUUGAUGUGGAAUCAGUAUUGCAUUGAUAAUAAACUCUAUAUCAUUAGUCCAUAUUUAGAAUACAAAAGAGAAAGCCAAUUGGCUUAUGUCUUUGAUUUUUGGGGCAGUGUUCAUGAAGAAUAUUCAAUGAAUCUAAGUAGGAAGAGUGUCAAGUUGGGUUUUGAUGAGAUAGACUUAAUUAGUUACUAUAAUGGUUUGAAGAUUGAGACUCUUCUAGAUUACUAUGAAUUUUAUGCCAUCAUCAGGGAAGCUUUGGUUCGACAGUUCAAAAAGAUAGACUUUAAGAAUAUCUCCACUUUUGACCCGGACAUUCUAAAAACAAAUGGGUUGGUUCGUUAGAAUAUGUUAAAGAUCUAUAAAUUUCACAAUUUUAUUUUAGAUGAUGUGAUAUAAAUAACUGAGGAAUCAUUUUCAUAAUUUGAAAACAGUACAUUUAUAUUCUGUGUAUACUCUUCAUUAGUGAUCCUAUUUCUGUUGAUAAUAUUCUUUAUUGUGAAUUUUCGAUUGUUGAGGACAGAAACCAAAUUAAUUCGCCUAUUACAAUAUUUAAAUAUAAAGAUAAUAUAGGAGCAAUUGGAGAUUUUGCAUUUUUAGAAGGAAUAAUUGUCAAGGCUAUUACUGAUUUAAAGUUAGACAAAGGAUGAACCUAAUACUCAAAAAUAGAGCGAGAAAGCAAUUGGGAAUUAACCCAAGUAUAAUCCAUUAAGCAAAUUGGAAAAUUAUAAUGAAAAGUAUACUUUGUUGAUUAUUCUCUCUUUGGUGGUUGGGAUUGAACUUAUUUUAUUUAUAUUCGGCUCUUAAUUAGUUUCUAAAUUAUAUAAUAGCCAAUACUAAAGUAGUUUAAUCCUCACUAUGAAGUAUCUGAAAUUGAAGUCAAGACUUGAUUCUGCUGUAAUAGUAGGGGAAGUCAUGAAGACCGAAUAUCUAAUUUAAAACAAUACUGCAAUCGAAUACAUUAACUAAACUGAUCAUAUUGAAUUCUUUUUCGAUAACAUUGGUGUGUUACUUAAGCUUUCAGAUGAAAUCAAUAAUGAAUUAGUCACGGCAACAUCAUAUAACUCAACAUUUCAAAAACAAUUGAUCGAUAUCUUUAAUGAUGAUCUCUGCACUUACUAUUCAGGCAUAUUGAGUUUUUGCAAUGUAGGGAGUAUUAAAUAGGAAUACUAUGAGAGUGAGAAUUAUCUCACUUUGAUAGAUAAGGGCAUUUAUGGGAUGAUUCAAGACUUAAAUAAGUUAUCCAUAUAGGAAUUUAACUUUGAGCAAGUGAACUAGCAUUAUGAUUAUGAUUAGCGUCGUUUGGAUUCUUUCAUAAAAUUACCCAUUCAUAACUACUUAUUCUUACAAUACUUCAUUGAAUUGCAAACUUGCAUCUUUUAUUGUUUCUUAGAUAUUUUUACUGAAACUCAGAUAUUAAGCAAUAAAUUGUCGAAUUAAAUCUUAACCUAUCUGAUCACUUCAUCAGUGGCAUUUCUCCUUUUUACUUCCUUUGUGUCAGGUUGUUGGAUCAACAAACAGUAUAAAAGAUUAAACCAGUUGAAGUUGAUUGCUACUUUGUUUCCGCCUGCCUUAAUUCAUUAGAAGGGAUUCAAUAAAUUGUUGUACUCCUAAUUAAUACAAAUCAAAUGA